AAGCUCGUAUCUCGCGUGAUUCGUGUAACGUCAGAACGCGCAAUCUUAUGACCUCACCUGACUUUGAGAGUUGGCAUUUUUGACAGUGCCGUUGAAAUCCGCUGUACAGCCUCAUCGGGACACUGACAGCGGUGGGAGUAAGGCUUACCCCCCAUCGCAGAAGCAUUUAUAGUCUUCAGUUGUCUUGACUACUCAGACUCGGGUCUGAAACUCACCUCUCCUGCUAACCAUGUCCCUCAGCCAACUAACGUGCCCAGGCUGGUCACCGACGACGAGCCAAUCGAGAUGCCCAGCGACACCAGAAGAAGAUGCAGCAUUCACCGCGAUGUGGACGCUCGGCUGGAGGCAGCUGCCAUGCGGGGUUAAUAGCCAGAACAACCAUUACUGUAGAUUUCAGUAUGUGACAGCGGGUGGCGAUUGGCAGCAGACAUACCGAUACUACAAUGCCAACGGGUCGUACUAUUAUAGAGGCUCCUCGAACAAGGGCUUCUACUACGACCGUGUAAAGAAGAGGCAGCAUAUUUCGACGUACGGCGCCAACGGCGAGCUUACAGAGCGCGAGUAUCUGCCCAUGGAAGUUGAAGAGACUAUCAUGGUGCCGGUAGACGCCUUUGGUGAGAUCCCAAUGGAGGUAGAUGAAUAGGAAGCCAAGUAGAAGAGCAAGAGGGCAAGAUCGAAGAAGCUUGUCUAUGUACCCUUGAUAUGACAUAUGGAAGCUUUGUGGUGAGGAACUGUAAGUCUCACGCUUCCGGGGAGCAGAUUAUAUCAUUGUUGUAUUGGGGCGGCUUCAACUAACUCAGCUCCAUAACAUACACAACAGCGAAG